AUGCCGUCCUCACCCGAGCACUACGCGCCACUGUCGUCAGCAGAGCAGCAUGAUGACGGCACGCACCGCACGCGCUCCCAGUUCACGUACCGCCACCUGUCGCAGAUGGCGGGCUACGUAGCGUCCAGUCCGCUGCGCGUCAUUGCACACGUGGAUUUAGACGCUUUUUACGCGCAGUGCGAGAUGGUUCGACUGGGGCUGCCAGAUGAUCAGCCCCUGGCCGUGCAGCAGUGGCAGUCCCUUAUCGCCAUCAACUAUCCAGCGCGCAAGGGUGGAAUUGGUGGUCGCCUGGGAUCCGUUGCCGAUGCCAAAAAGGUGUGUCCGGAUCUCAUCGCGCAGCAUGUCGCGACGUGGCGCGAGGGCGACGACAAGUGGGCGUAUCGUGAUGACGCCGCCGCCAAUAUAGGCACGGACAAGGUGUCCCUCGACCCUUACCGGCUCGAAUCGCGCAGGAUCCUGGCCCUGAUUAAGGAGCACCUCCCACAGAACCUGCAACGGGUGGAAAAGGCUAGCGUCGACGAAGUUUUUCUCGACCUAUCAGCUCAGGUGCACUCUAUUCUCCUCGAACGAUUCCCCGAGCUUCAGCAGCCGCCACCGUACAAUGACCCCGCCGAGCGGCUGCCUCUCCCCUCCAUCUCGGCUCUGGACUGGCAAGCGGAUGCUCUUAUCGACCUGGACGAGGAGCGCGAGGGCAAGGAUCCAGACUGGGACGACGUAGCCAUUCUUCUCGGUUCAGAAAUUGUGCGUGAAGUGAGGGCCGAGAUUCGUAAGCAGUUGCGGUACACUUGCUCGGGGGGUGUGGCGUGCAACAAGCUGCUGAGCAAGCUUGGGUCCGGCUACAAGAAGCCCAACCGCCAGACAGUCGUGCGCAAUAGGGCGGUGGGCAUCUUUCUGCACGAGUUCAAGCUGACCAAGAUUCGGAAUCUGGGCGGGAAACUAGGAGAGCAAGUGGUCAACGUGUUUGGGACGGAGCUGGUCAAGGACCUUUUGCCCGUGCCGGUGGAACAGCUAAAGGCGAAAUUGGGUGAAGAGACUGGCAUCUGGCUCUACAACACGAUACGCGGGGUCGAUACGAGUGAAGUCAAUCCGAGAACGCAAAUCAAGUCUAUGCUAUCUGCAAAGUCGUUCAGACCAUACAUCAACACGCAUGAUCAGGCCGUCAAAUGGCUGCGCAUUUUCGUGGGGGACAUCUUCAACAGACUUCUGGAAGAAGGCGUGCUGGAGAAUAAGCGUCGACCGAAAACGGUGCACCUGAGUGCUCGGCAGCCGACACAGACUCGCAGCAAACAGAUUCCAAUACCCCAGGGUAGGCCGAUUGACGACGCAAUGCUCAUGAACUUGGCCAAAGAGUUACUCUCGCAGAUUCUAGGCGACGGCAGCAUAUGGCCAUGCAGCAACCUCAGCCUCACAGUCGGUGGAUUUGAAGACGGCAUAAAGAACAACAUGGGCAUCGGAGCAUUCCUGGUCAAGGGUGACGCAGCGAUAUCACUCAAGGCUGCUGACCAUGGCAACAGCGAAUCCACGUCCUCAGAGCGACCGCAUAAACGGGCUCGUGCAGAUGAGGCGGGCAUACAGCGAUUCUUUGCCAAAGACCAGCGAGAGAAGACGCCUAGCGCGGAGGCAGAUGCUACGGUGGCCCAUGCGGACAUACACGAUGGUGACAACGUUGAUUUUCGAAGUAAUCACAAAUCAGAUGCAAAUGCAGAAGCAGAGGCAGAAGUCGAAGCAUGCAUACGUAUUCAGCACGGUCAACCCCAGCCGGCUAGUCUUCUCUGCGCUCGGUGCAACGCCUCAUUCGAGAUGCCGGAAGCACUACAAAGCCACAUGGACUGGCAUAUGGCCAAGGACAUACAGGACGAAGAACGUGUCAAGCCAGCAUUCGCCGAGAGAUCGCGGAACGGAAUUGCAGUGCGUGGCACGAGCAGCAAGGGUCCCACCGGGUCGUCUUCCCCGCGACGCGGAGGACGUGGUGGCGGCGGCAGCAGCAGCAGCAAGCUUGAGCAGGGUCAAAGCAAGCUAAAAUUUGGAUAA